CGUCAACGUUUAUGGCAACCGGGCUGGCGGUCUAUCCAUUGUGGUGUUCGCUUAUUCCGUGGUCAACGCAUCGGGUUAACUGCGCAGCGGAAAACAGGUGCGGGGUAUAAGGAUAACGGGGCUACUAAUUAUAGGGAUUAUUGAUUGGCAACAUGGCCUGUCCCACAUCGUUCCUGAAAGGCGUUCUUAUCGUGCUUAAUGUGCUGCUAUCGCUGAUUGGAGUGACUCUGAUUGCCCUGUCCGUGUACGAGCUGAAUAGCUCCACGCCGGGCACCUUCGAGCACAUCGCCAUCGUUGUUCAGAUCUUCGUGGGCACCUUCGUCGUUCUGACCUCAUUUCUGGGCUGUUUUGCCACGGCUCGGGUUUCCCUCGGACUCGUCUGGAGCUAUGUGAUUUGCCUGCUGAUCCUGUUGUGCCUGCAGAUCUACAUCAUCGCAGCCGCCCACUCUACGGACUAUGUGGAGCGAUCUAAGAAGGACUUCCUGGCCCUUUGGGCUGAUCCUAAGGCAAAUGCGGAACGCAUAUCAAUCAUUGAGCAAAAGUACUCUUGCUGCGGUCAGAUGGGUUCCCACGACUACGUCCUGAUGGGCAGGGGUAUACCCAUUAGCUGCUUCAAGGCGUUCGAGCGACUCGCUGAAUACCUCUUUACCGAUGGUUGCCUGCAGGCUGUGCAGGCUCAUGCCACCGACAACGUGGCCAUCGGACUCAUCAUCAAAUGGCUGCUGUUGCUGGUGGAGUUCGCAGCUCUGGGAGCCGCCACGCACUUGGGCAUCACGGUGCGCAAUAAAUUGCGGCGCGAGAGAUUCUAACAGGUCUCCUUGGGAUCUCCGGAAUCGGUUGUUGGCAACACAUAAACCAAUAUGUAUGGAUUUUAUAGCAGUUUAAGAUGAUCUGGAGGCAACAAAGGCGUAGAAUAAAAAAUAAACCAAAAUUAAAACA